AUCUGGCUGCACUGUUCGAACGUCAAAACAGAUCCCGAGACUGACCGCGUGAAACAUUUUGCGCACAUUAUUUCUCCGGUUUGGUGGUAGACGAUGGAUAAAGUAGUAAUUAAGUCAACCGGAGAGAAGGGUCGCGGUUUAUACGCCACCGAACUAAUCCCAGACGGAACGACCAUAUUCGAAGAGAAGCCGCUCGUGUCCUGCCAAUAUUCGUGGAAUGCUGCGUACGGGUAUUUGGCGUGCGAGUACUGUCUUCGUCCGCUGGAAACGGCCGAACGCAACGUACAGCGGCUAACGAAUGAUCCGAAUAUAAUGUUACCGAGGGCAGAAUGCUGCACGGUAGAGGCCAAUCUACUCAACCACACAAGGUGCGCCCAGUGUGGAGUUUUGUACUGCAGCAGCGAAUGCCUCAGUGAGGCUCAACAACGGUACCAUGCUGCAAUUUGCUUGGGCGCUGAGGCGCACAACGAACAGCAUCCGGUAAACGUUUUGGUGGAGUUUUGGAAGAAGAUGCACUAUCCACCAGAAACGUGUGGCAUUAUGCUGUUCGUGAAGAUUGUUGGCAUGUUCCGGCAGGCGGCAGAUCUGGAUGCACUGCAAGCGCAGCUGCAAGAUUUCGUGCACAAAUCCGUGAACGAAGAUCUUCUUAUUUUUCAUAAAAUGCUUGGCGAAAAGUUCACGCUGCAGAUCGAACAACUGUACCGGCUGUUCUGUGACGCCUUUAACGUUGAUUCGGAUGAUCGGCUUCGAUGGUUGACACCCGAUGGUUUCAGAAGCCUAAUUGCGCUGGUGGGAACAAAUGGGCAAGGCAUAGGCACAAGCUCAUUCGGUGACUGGGUAAAGAACGUUGGGGCCGCCAAGAUGGAGGACAAGGAACGGCAGGCAGUGGACGAGCUGAUCGAUGAUUUGUACAGCAAAAUGGAUGACGUCGUCGGAACGUUCCUGAACAAUGAAGGUUCAGCGCUGUACGCUAGGCAGAGUAAAAUUAAUCACAGCUGCUCACCGAACGCCGAAACUGUGUUUCCCAACUCGAAUCACAUACUGGCGCUGCGGGCUACGAGAGACAUACAGCCGGGAGAAGAAAUUUGCAUUUCCUACCUUGACGAGUGCAACGCCCAGCGGUCCCGACAUACCCGACAGAAAAUGCUGAAAGAAUAUUAUCUAUUCGUCUGCCAGUGUGAAAAAUGCGAAAGUCAAAUCAAUGAUCCGGACGAAACAUCCGAGGACGAGGAAGAGGAUGACGAUGAUAUGGACGAUUCUGAUUGAGGCGUUUACCGAGCUGUAUGAUAAUGAAACAAUAUAUUGGCGGCUUGGAAGGAAACAAAUAGAUAAAUGAUCUAUGAUACA